GGGGUCAACAGUCACGUCCCCUUAUCAGAAUCCAGAACUCCCUGUAUUGCUUCCGCUGCGAAUGUCCGGGCCAAAAGUAUCGGCGGACAAGGGGGCGCUCAUCAUCGUCAUGGGUGUCAGUGGAUGUGGAAAAUCUACCACAGGCAAAGCCCUUGCGGGUGCCAUUCAAAAUACGCAAUUCCAAGAUGGGGAUGAUCUUCACCCAAAAUCAAACAUUGACAAAAUGUCGCAGGGUCAACAAUUAACAGACGAAGAUCGACACCCAUGGCUCUCUCUCAUCCGCUCAACUGCAGAACACCUAAUUGCUUCGGGAACAUCCAAAGUGAUCGUGAUCGCCUGCUCAGCGCUGAGAAAGCGAUAUCGUGAUGUUCUCCGCACACCUUCAUCUGAACAGCAGCGCUGCACAAUCCCACCCCCCUUAGAGAUACCAGACAAUCAUCCAUACCCCGCAUCAGAACGCUCUAGUUCUCAUCAAACAACCCAUCACUCAGACCCAGCACCUCGGGUACAUGUGGGGACUUACUUCAUUCAUCUUGAUGGACCGCACGACGUCCUCUUGCAGAGAAUGUCGGCGCGAAAGGGUCAUUUCAUGAACGAAUCGAUGCUGGGUGGCCAGCUCGCGACACUCGAAUGGCCGGACCCCGCAACGGAAGAAAACAUCAUCACCGUGGACUUAACAAAGUCAACAGAAGAACAGGUGGGACAGUCCAUUCAAGGGCUGAGAAACAUGGGAUUGGAUCUCAAGACCCUGUAGGCAUUGGUCGCAUGUGAGAAGGACAGGUAUCAAAGUGAUAAGGCAUAGAGCCAUUGCAUUCGUUGUAGAUGGCGGAGAAACUAGGCAACAACAUAACAAUGACGCAAAAAAUGUCUCAACUGUACUCCCCAUGCGAGCCCUGUUCCCGUUGAAUUCCCGUACAACAAAGCAGAUAUAAG